AUGGAGCGUGGGAAAGGCGCUAGGGAGGAGCUCGGCCCCACAUCUGAAACCCGCCUCCCCACGGGCUUCCCCCGCCACGGAGAAAUCGCGGAGGCGCCUCCCCCCGCGCCCUUCGCCAGCGGCGCGCGCCCUCCGCCGCACCCCUCCGCGGAGGCUCCGCGCGCGGGCGCUGGCGGAGGCGGAGGCGGAGGCGGAGGCGGAGGCCCCCAGAGGCAGCUCACGCCCCCGCUAGGCACGGCUCCGCGGGAGAGGCAGCCGUCCCCGCCCAUCCCCGGGCCCCACCUGCAGCCCCCCGGGCUGGGGCAGCCCGUGCACCCCACUCCGCCCAAGGAGCGCCAGGCGCAGCCCCCGCCCCCCCAGCCCCAGCAACCCCAGCAGCCGCAGAUGCACCCUCAGGGGCAGCCCCAGCAGUACCAGCCGCCCCAGCACCCCCAACAGCCGCAGCCGCAGCUGCAGCCGCUGCCUCCCCACCUGGCGGCAGUGCGUACGACCCACCCCAUCCACCUCCCCCUUUCCGCAGAGGAGCAGCAGCGGCAGAGGGCGUGGGGCUACGAGGCUGGGGAAGGCGGCACUUCUGCUGCUGCUGCUGCUGCUGCUGGUGCGGGGCCUGCAGAGGGAGCGGUGACGGUGUCGAUAUCGCGGGCGGGCAUGAUGGUGAAGCCCGACAGUGUGUUCCGCCUGCGCGUGGGCGUGCGGCCCCUCUCAGGCGAGCUGGACCACGAGGCCCUGAGCCGCCUGCACUCCUCCAACCAGUGCUACGGGCUGGCUGUGCUGCUGGCGGGGCUGGCCGUAAUUGCCCUCUCCGUGGUGCCUCAAGUCCCUCUGCAGCCCUUACUAGCCGGGCUGCUCAUGGCCAUGGGGCUGGUAACCGGGUUACACGCGCUAGUGCUCUUCACAGCACCAGGAGCCAUCGCCCUUGUCCUGCUAGCAGCCGUGCAUGCAGCCUUCGGCGCCUGGCUCCUCCAAGCCCCCUCGGACCACUUCCUCCUCAUCCUCUCCCUCUGGCUCGCCGCCCAGGCUCUCUCCAAGCUCGUCCUCGCCGCCCUUUUGAGCCUCCUUUCGUCUUAUGUGGCGCUCGUGGUGACGGCGGUGGUGGGGAUUGGGCUGGCUGGGUUGGCGUAUUUUGGAUUUGAUGCCAGCACACCAGUGUGGGCCCAGGGACUGCUCGUGGGGGGUUACCUCGUGCUGUACGGCGUUUCCUUCCUGCUCAUCGCAUGCAUGGCAUAUGCUGGUCGGCGUCUGCUGGAGGAGGAUGAGAAGGAGCGUCGGCCUCUGCUGGAGGAGGACGAGGAGGAGCGUCAGCCACUGCACCUGGUGGUCGACCCCUUCCACUUGAGAACUUACGGUCGGCGCCUGCUGGAGGAGGACGAGGAGGAGCGUCAGCCCCUGCACCUGGUGGUCGACCCGUCGACGCCUGCUGGAGGAGGACGAGGAGGAGCGUCAGCCCCUGCACCUGGUGGUCGACCCGUUCCACUGAGGGCACCCGUAUCACUGCCCCACUGGUCGGCGUCUGCUGGAGGAGGACGAGGAGGAGCGCCAGCCACUGCACCUGGUGGUCGACCCGUUCCACUGAGGAGUUGA